AUGGGCGACAAGCCCCCCGGGUUCCGGGGCUCUCGGAGCUGGAUUGGCUGUGUAGAAGCCAGCCUCUGCCUGGACCAUUUUGGGGGGCCCCAAGGGCGGCUGUGUCACGUUCCCCGUGGAGCAGGGCUUCAGGGGGAAAUGGAGAGGCUGUAUUCCCACUUCGCUGGGGGCGGGGGACCUGUAAUGGUUGGUGGGGAUGCAGAUGCCCAGUCCAAGGCCUUGCUGGGAGUAUGCCUGGGCCCAGGAACCGAAGCCUAUGUCCUGGUGUUGGACCCUCACUGCUGGGGUGCUCCGAAGAACCCCAGUGAACUACAGGCUGCUGGUUGGGUGGGCUGGCAAGAGGUAAGCACAGCCUUUGACCCACACUCCUUCUACAACCUGUGCAUGACCAGCUGUAACUCCAAAGAGCAGAACCGCGCCUUGGACUAA